CGAUUCGGAAGCGCGUGAUACUUAGAGGAUAUAAUGGACUCUUAGACUUUGAGAAACGCGUUAAGGACAUCUAGGGAAAUACUCCGAGCUGCAAACAACAUAAAGUGCCACUGUAAGACGCUGGACACAUAAGACUGAGAUAUUUUUGAACCAUGCAACACUACGGAGUGAACGGAUACUCUCUGCACGCCAUGAACUCACUGAGCGCCAUGUACAACCUGCAUCAACAGGCGGCGCAACAAGCUCAGCACGCGCCCGAUUAUCGUCCGUCGGUUCACGCGCUCACCCUCGCGGAGAGACUGGCUGAUAUCAUACUCGAGGCUCGCUACGGUUCUCAACAUCGCAAACAGCGUCGCAGUCGCACCGCUUUCACGGCCCAGCAGCUUGAGGCUUUAGAGAAGACUUUUCAGAAAACUCACUAUCCUGACGUCGUGAUGCGGGAGCGCCUGGCCAUGUGCACGAACUUGCCUGAGGCACGCGUGCAGGUGUGGUUCAAGAAUCGCCGCGCAAAGUUUCGCAAGAAGCAGCGAAGCCUCCAAAAAGAGCAUCUGCAGAAGCAGAAAGAUCCAUCAACAGAUGGAGCAGUGGCAUCAAGCGAUAAGGAUGAACCCCCUUCUACCAUAAAUCUCGAGAACCAGCCACCUCCGUCAUCCUCCUCUUCUUCAUCCAUGGAAGCAGAGGCAGCUCCCCACACAAUGGGAUCUGAACUUAGUGUUGAGCUAAAUGUAACAUCGGCAGAGCAGUCAGGCAGUGAGUCGGCCACAGAAGACAAUGUAACGGACAAGGAAGAAGAGAUAAAGCAGCACAGGGAGGAUCUGAAGGUUGAGAAAGAAACAACACUUGGAAACAUCUCCCCUCUUUGCAAACGUCUCAGCCCCAAACCAGACUCUCCUCUUGGAUCCCCAGCCAUCACAUCCUCCUCUGGUGGCGUCACCGGCGGGAUCUCACAGAGUCAUUCCUACUCCUCGUCUCCGCUCAGCCUCUUCCGGUUGCAGGAGCAGUUCCGCCAGCACAUGGCUGCCACCAACAACAUGGUUCACUAUCCCUCUUUUGACAUGCCAACUCCCUCGCCAAUACCAUACCUGGGCAUGAAUGUCAACAUGCCAGCGCCCCUGGGUUCCCUUCCCUGCCAGUCAUAUUAUCAGUCUCUUUCUCACCACGCACAACAGGUUUGGAACAGCCCCCUGCUGCAGGCCUCUGGAGGCCUCCCCAGCCACAACAGCAAGACCACCAGCAUUGAGAAUCUACGCCUGCGGGCAAAGCAGCACGCUGCUUCGCUGGGCCUGGACACACUGCCCAACUAA